CCAGGGUUCUCCAAGUGUCUGUAAGUAGUCUCAAUAGUUUAGUUCCGUUUCGAUGCUCUUAGUUUUUGACUUGGUCAAAGUGUAGACAAGAUCUAUAGUAUAAAGCUGCAGACAUAAAGUGAUAUUCUAGCUCUUAGAACAUCCUAACUUCAUCUAAGUACUGCUAAUAUUGCUGAAGCAUGGCUAGAUCAAAUUUCAGUCCUGUUCAUCUAAUGUGUGAGAUCCUAAUACUUUUGUCACUUUGCUCAAUCAGGGCAAGUUUUUCUAUAGAGUCAAAAAAUGCUUGUCCGCCGAUGAAGCUAGAUCUGGUCAUCAUAGUGGACACAUCGACCAGCUUGACGGAGAACAAUUUUACACUAGUCCUAGACUUCAUCGAGAAAAUCUUAAGACUGCUACCCCUAGGGCCUGACAAUGUCAGAGUGGCCUUAGUACGAUCCUCCAUGAAAGCUAGCAUUGUUUCCUAUUUAAACGACAGAAUGAAUCAAGAGGAGAAAAUCAAAGAUGUAUUUAAAAUCGAACUCGGGUAUGAAGUCACUUACACUAGUGAGGCACUAGGCUUAACCAGUCACUAUGUCCUGAGAGAAGUGAAAGGGGAUCGUCCAGAUGUACAGGAUAUGAUUAUCCUGAUCACGGACGGAAAGUUAUCAUUUUCUUUUUCCACGAAAAGGGAAGCAGAGAAGUUAAAAAGGAAAACAUCCUUAAAGAUUUUGACCAUUCUCAUCACAGAAAGCAUCGAUGUGUCUAGGUUAAUAUAUCUUGCCUCAGGUCAGGAUAUGCUUCUGAAGAUGGAUUCAUUCACAGAGUUAAAUCGUCAUCUGGAUCAACUGAAGCCUGUCGUCUGCUCUGGUGGUACUCAAGGUUUAGCCUCACAUGCUCCGAUGUUGGAAUCCACUGUGAUAAUUAGUUCAACUAGUACAACCCCUGACGACACAAAAUUAACUCUCAAGAUGUCAUCAUCCUUCACUGAUGGCACUGCACCACCACUGACGGCAGUGACUGACAGACAGGAUCCAACUGCAUUGCUCUCAUCCACCACCACUGACAAGACAUUAACGCCUUUCAGAUCGAAUCUAGUCACAAAACUACCUCCUUCAAUAUCAGACACAAAACCGCAAUAUCCAUCUCUUUCAGACAUAGUAAAAUCAACAUCGUCAGUAAUUUUAAACACACUUGCGUUUCUAUCAACAUCUAUAUUAAACGAAGUACAACAACCAGCAACUUCUCAUUCUGAGACAGUCAAAUUGCCAUCGACCCUCUAUAUAGACGCAAAAACAUUGACACCAAAAUCAAAUUCAGAUGCAGUAAAAUCGCCAUCAACACUCAAAACAGACACAAUAACAUUGACACCAAAAUCAAAUUCAGAUGUAGUAAAAUCGCCAUCAACACUCAUUACAGACACAAUAACAUUGACACCAAAAUCAAAUUCAGAUGCAGUAAAAUCGCCAUCAACACUCAUUACAGACACAAUAACAAGGACAUCAAAAUCAAAUUCAGAUGCAGUAAAAUGGCCAUCGACAGUUAUUACAGACACAGUAACAUUGACACCAAAAUCAACUUCAGAUGCAGUAAAAUGGCCAUCAACUGUUACUACAGACACAGUAACAUUGACACCAAAAUCAACUUCAGAUGCAGUAAAAUGGCCAUCGACUGUUAUUACAAACACAGUAACAUUGACAUCAAAAUCAAAUUCAGAUGCAGUAAAAUGGCCAUCGACUGUUAUAACAGACACAGUAACAUUGACACCGAAAUCUAAUUCAGAUGAAGUAAAAUGGCCAUCGACUGUUAAUACAGACACAGUAACAUUGACACCGAAAUCUAAUUCAGAUGAAGUAAAAUGGCCCUCGACUGUUAUUACAGACACAGUAACAUUGACACCGAAAUCUAAUUCAGAUGAAGUAAAAUGGCCAUCGACUGUUAAUACAGACACAGUAACAUUGACACCGAAAUCUAAUUCAGAUGAAGUAAAAUGGCCAUCGACUGUUAAUACAGACACAGUAACAUUGACACCGAAAUCUAAUUCAGAUGAAGUAAAAUGGCCCUCGACUGUUAUUACAGACACAGUAACAUUGACACCGAAAUCUAAUUCAGAUGAAGUAAAAUCGCCCUCGACACUCAUUACAGACACAAAAACAUUGACACCAAAAUCAAAUUCCGAUGCAGUGAAAUUAAUUUUACCAUGCGCUCCUAUCACAAUUGACUCUCUAUCACCAUCAAGUACCGAAGGAAACUCCGAGAGUGUCAUCGCCCUCAACUACCAAGACAGUAAAAUCGCCCUAACCAUUAAUGUCAAACACAGCAAGCUUGCUGUUAACAUUAAUAUCGGUUAA